UGCCAUUCGCGUGAGUUGAACAUUAAAAACGAUUUUGGAAGCGAAAAUUUCAGUGUAUUGCAUAUUAAAAACAGAAUGGGAGAUUUUAAAAUCACCAUUGAGAACAAGACAGGUGACAGUGGAACACCUGGAAGGCACGUGAAGGUAAUGCUCUUCCAAACACUCCCAGAUCCUCUCAAAGCCAACAGCUAUUCCACCGCCUGGAAAGUUGAAGAUGUUCAAUAUCCUGGUUCGUUGGGUCCAAUAACCUUACCAGAGAAAGUCGAGUUCUUUGUGAUAGACCAGACAGCUGACAAUCCCCGAACAUCAGGCCCUUUCAACGUCAAAUUGGGCGACGAAGUCGACGUUACCCAAACGGAUGCUGCUAGUGCACCAAAUGCUAUUAAAGUUGGCUCGCAACCAAAAGGUGGAAUCAAGGUCAACAAUAAAGCUGGUAACGCGCAGCCACUUGAAAUGGCUUUGUUUAAAAAUGGUAGAAAAAUUGUUUCUUUCAAAGACGUCCGACCAGCUGACUCUGUUUACCUGGACAUUAAACCUGUUAUCUACAUUGCCGACAUUGAUGACAUCGUAGAAGGAGACGAUUUUGAAGCAACUACUCAAGCCACAAGGUCAACGAAGUUUCAAUUAUUUCCUGGCAACCCUCGCGUGAAGAUUCAAAUUACAGAAUUGGGUACACGAGAACUAGUAUUUUCCAAGGCUGAAAACUGAUAGAACUUUUUUACUUUUAUAUAUCAUAUGUCUUUUAAAAGCUCAUCUUUAACAGAACGCUGUUGUUGCAAGCUAUAAGAAUUUCAUGACUAUUUUACUAUUGUAUGUAAGACUAAUUAUUGUAUCUUGCUUUAAUAAUAAAAAGAUUUUCAAUCUUUAUGUCUGGUUUGUAAAUAAUCCCCCCCCCCCUAAUUUUUAGUGUUCAGGACUAAAAACGAACAUGUUUUCGAAAGGUGCAUGAUGAUUGAUGGGGUGGGGAUGGGCUCCGAAUUCGGGCUCAAAGCCAAAUUGACAUAUACUUUUGUCAGUCUAUAUUGUAUUACAGAGAAAGUCAUUGGAAGUCACUUUUGUUCUGUAUUUUCGAGUUUCAAAGUGACUGAAUAUACCGCUUUAUUGAAUAAUUAUGAAACUACUGAUAAGUACUUGUUG